AUGACGCAAGAUGACAUCCAGGUUGCCAGCGAGAGCGAGAGCCGAGCGGAGGAGUCUGUUGAGGAAGCCUCCAUCGAGGCAGAAGAGGCCCCAAUCCAGAAAACAUCUUCGGCGUGGCAAAACCAUGAUGAUGUCGAGUGGACGGCAGACGACGAAGAUGAAUGGCAGAAAGACACGCAUCGGGAUUACUAUGAAGCGUUGGGAUUGACACGCUCUGACGGGAUGUCCAUUUCCGCGAGCCGAGUUCGUGCAGCGUAUCAUCGAAUGGUGCAGAAAUGGCAUCCGGAUUUCCAAUCCAUUGAAACAUCAGGCAGUUGUGAUCAAGAGAAUGGUCCACAGAGGACGCGACAUGAAGUUUUGCGAAGGUUUUGGUUAAUCACCGAGGCAUAUCUGGUUCUUAAGGAUCCGGAGAGGCGGCGCAUUUACGACGAAUGCGGUUUCGCGCAUUUCAAGCAAAGUGAAGCGUGCUAUCAAGAGCCAGUCUUCGAACAGGACGCAUACCAAGUUUAUGAGGAUUUCUUCAACGGCACUGAUCCUGAGGCACGUGACUUCCUGCUGAUGAACGGUGGGGUGGCAGACAGCGGCAGCGAAAGUGACGACAGCAUGGAGGGCGAGCUGGCCGUCGAACCCGGUGACUCUCGGGCUGGACGCCAGGCAGAGGCUGAUGGACCUCAGCUCCCACCAGAGAUGGCCAAAGCGGUGGGCGAGGCUUCUUCGGUGGACCAGUUCAGGACAAUGCUGAAUGGGGUCCUCUCUACGACGCUGCGUCGGGAUUCAGGUGAAAAAGAAGGCCGUCCUCAUACUGCUCAGGCAAAAGGUUCGGAACGGCAGAGGCGACGUUCUGCGAAAAAAGCUCGGGCUCCCGUCAAACCACGUAUGCAGGCUUGGAAGUGCUGGCGAGGGGCGAGGCAUAUCAGGCAGGUCUGCAACAAACGCCGCGAAGGGGGGAAUAGGCGACCAGCUGCAGAGAAGGAACCAGCCUGCCAGAACAGCCUGCCCUCCUGCCAAAUGACUGCAGAGGUCAGACCUGUCGCAUCUCCUGGCUCGCAGCUUUUUUGUUUUUUAGACGGGGCACAGGAGCCAGAAACCACUGUACAGUGCAACAAAAUGACUGGCGACAGCCGUGUCGUCGCGGUGGGAGCCGUGGCAGCCACUGUUGCUUGCACCGCUUUUGUCGGUACAGCGCCCUCCCAGGGCCCGGGCAGUGCGCGAGCACUCCGGGCAGGGGCAGCAGCAGCAGCAGUGCCAGCCCGGGCUUCCUCUACCUCACCGACAGCCGUGGCUGCUGCUGCUGCUUUUGCCGGCUUCGCUCUGGCAGCAAGAAGCCGCCAGCAACAUGGGAAGGCCAAGACUCUGCGGCACUUCUUCGGAGAAGCGGAGACCGAGACGCAGGUGGCAGAGGUUACGCAGGUCCCGGUCACGCAGCAUCCGCCAGGCUCUCGAAUUCCUGAUGGAACUCCCACGCCCCACCCUAUGGCCAUCAGAAAGAGGCCCAGACGAAAUCGCCGCUUGCAGGCACAGCGAAAUAUGUUUUCGGAAACCAGGCUGACUGCCGCGAACUUCAUCCUGCCGAUCUUCGUGCACGAGGGGACGGAAGACAUCCCCAUCAGCUCCAUGCCAGACGUGUCCCGCGUCGGAGUGGACACAGGGCUUCUUCGUGAAGUUGAAGAGGCUGUGAAGUUGGGGGUCAAGUCUGUCGUGAUUUUCCCGAAAACGCCAGAUGAGCUGAAGACACAGACUGCCGAGGAAUGCUUCAACCCAGCGGGCCUGGCUCAGAGAGCGAUCAGCAACGUGAAGAAGGCUUUUCCAGACGUGGAAGCAACACCGAGGAAGCGUGAAGCAGCUCUGCGUGCUUGUUCCAAGCUGGCAUGUGCGCAAAGUCUCACGGAUGAACAUCAUGUCUGCAGCCGUCUUGUUCGAAUGAAGCAGGCAGAGAUGCUGCUGCGACUGCUUUCGCAAGCUAGCGAAGGCGACUGCCUGCAUCACUUGCCACAAUGCACUGAAAAGGACAUCAAUGCUCGCACCGCAGACGGAGCAACUGCAUUGCAUUAUGCGGCAUCUGCUGGGUACGCGGAUGUCUGCUUGGAGCUCUUGGAAUCACCUUUAUUCAUGCAGGUGAACGACCAAGACGCAUCCGGAUGCACAGCCUUGCAUUACGCCGCUUGCAAAGGGCAUCGGGAGGUCUGCCGGGCCCUUCUUCAGCACUGGCGGUUCUCAGCACAGGAUACUCAGGACUGGAACGGCUGGACGGCCCUGCAUGUUGCUGCUGCGCACGGCCAACCUACCACGUGCAGCACUUUGUUGGAGAGUCCACGCUUCAAGGUCUUGACUGCGAGAGACAAAAACGGUAUGACGGCGCUGCAUGUCGCGACAGCUCGUGGGCGUGCCGACGUGUGUUCUGCGCUGUCCGACCAUGGUGCAUUUGCCGGUAUUGCUGCUGUGGACAACUUCGGGAGAACGGUCCAUGCUAUGCGAAAGGAACCGACGCUCAAGGACAGAGGUGUGCAGACCAUUAAUGUUCCGAAAGGCGUUGCGAAACGGACGCCAUCUACGAAGGCGAAGCCUCAGAUGGAAAAGUGGCAAAGUUUGGCAAAGUGGACUUCCCACCUACAAAAGAUACAGGACGAGGCUCCCGUUGUUCCGACGCAAUCCCUGGAGGAGGAAGUGGUAGCACGGCUCAGUCAGGUAGCAGAGCUCGAGACGAGCCUUGAGGGAGGGAGCAAUGUCAAAGACUUCGCAGCUCGAGGCAAUGAGGACACAGAGGCACCUCACAAGCGCCACUCGAUUGACUCUAGAGAUUCGGAGACACACGGGGCUCAGGCGAUGGCGGCAAGACCUUCCAGCAACGCACCAUCCACUGGCAAGGCCUUCGGAAAUCUCUCCGUGGCAAGAGCUGAACCAGAAGAAGAUGACAAACAGUUUGCAGCAAGAUCUGAGGAUUCAUCUGCGGCAGACACACAUGCAACUCAUGCAGCAGGGCAAGUUCCCGAUGAAAGAACGCUGUCAGCAUCAGCAGCUGCUGGCGAAGCAACCGGGCAUCCCACCAAGGUCGCCACACCGACUACGUCAGAAGGCAACAAGCCCGCAGAUGGCGACUUGCUGGAAAGCCCCAAGAACAAACAAGAUUCAGCAACUGUGUCGGCAGAAGUGGCCUUAGACCACGAGGCGGGCACCACCAAGGUGAAUACAGAAGACAGGAACGGUCCGCAGGAUGUACCUGAAGACCGAUCGGAUGCUGCACAGCGGCCAGGUGCAGGAACUGUAAGCCACGAGUCCUGGCAAGAAGAGACAAAGAUGGUUUCGGAUGCGGAGGCAGAUCUGGCGAAGGAGGAGGGAAACCAAGUCGAGACCUAUGACAACGACGAAAGAACUGUGGAGAAGAGCAAUAAAGUGGCAGAUGAGAACAACACAGCGGCAGAUGCGCCGAAGCCAGGCGACGAAAUGGAUGGUACCCCGCAGGCAACUGACGAGCAGGGAAACGGCAGCGCUGAGGGAGGGCGCCAGAAGAGAAACCGUCAGCAGAGGAGGGAAAAAUUGAAGGUCCGACAGCUCGCUGGAGUGGACGCGGAACCACCUCGGACCAUUCGCAACAAGUUGAAGGACGUCAUGAAGCAAGAGGCGACAGAUCAUCAACAGCCAGAGGCUCAAACUGCUGACGGAAAAGCUGCGGAUGCCGCAGAGGAAGCAUCCAAGUCAGAAGAGGAGCAAGAAGCUAGGCAAGCUGCAGAGACCGCAGCGCUGGCGCAAGAAGAUGAAAAGUCCAGGGAAGUUGCAAGGGCUGAGGAGGAGAGAAAGAUAAAGGAAGCUGCAGAGGCAGCAGCGAGGGCGGAGGAGGAGAGAAAGGCACGGGAAGCCGCAGAGGCUGCAGAAGCAGCGGCAAGGGCGGAGGAGGAGAGAAAAGCACGGGAAGCCGCUGAGGCUGCAGAGGCA